AUGAAGAGGUUACGGGUGUCACAAUGGAGCGGCCACAUGCGCCUCGCUGCCCGGCAAGGAGUUGCCGCCGUGCCUAGACGGCACGCUUUCUCGAUAUCCGCGCGCUGCCAAUCGACCACUACCACAACCGAAGCAUCCACUCUCACAGACGACACCCCUUUCGAAGGCGCCUUUUCCACAGCCAACCCUCUCCCCUCGCCGCCCCCUGCCCGAGCCCUCGAGUCGGCCAAGCUCGCCGCGCUGCACGCCCGUCUGGCGCUGCCCAUGUCGAUUCCCCUACAAACGAUAGCACGCGCCCUUGUUACGUCCUCGGCCGACGGCAACCAAAAUUUCAACAAUGCCAGCCUCGCGGUGCUGGGCCGAUCCAUCAUCAACUACCACGUCCUCGAGUACCUCGUGUGCAAGUGGCCGCGCCUGCCCAUUGCUAUCCUCUACGAGGCGCUCCGGGCCUUUGCAGGCCGUGAGUCUCUGGAGCAGGUUGCGCGUCGCUGGGGUGUCGACUCUGCCGCCGCUCCCGGCGAGGAGGUCGAUCCUGGCCUGCUGCAAUGGAAGCCCGACCCCAUCGUGGCGCCCAAUUCGCGCUGGGCAUACGUUCGCGCCGAGGCGGAGCGUGGUCAGCACUACCGCCGUGGCAUGAGCAGUCGUGUCGUCCUCGACGAUGCCUUUGGCGACACCUACCAAACAGCCGACGAGGGCGAGCCGGGCCUGGCCAAGAUGCAGGCCGGCGCGUACACGUCGUUUGUCGAGGCCGUGAUUGGCGCCAUCUACGCGCACGCGGGAGCCGACAUGGCCAAGACAUUUGUCAACUCACACAUUCUGUCGCGCGAAAUCGAUCUCGGCCGCAUGUUCCAGUUCCAGCUGCCGACGCGCGAGCUGGCCAUGCUGUGUGCGCGAGAGGGCUUCGAGGCGCCGCGCGCCCGCCUGGAGAGCGAGACGGGUCGCCGGUCACGCACGCCCGUCUUCAUCGUGGGCAUCUACAGCGGCAGCGAGAAGCUCGGCGAGGGCGCCGGCGCCAGCCUCGACGUGGCCCGCCGCGUGGCGUCUAUGAAUGCCCUCAAGGCAUGGUACAUGUACAGCCCCGGCAACAAGGUCCGCGUACCCAGCGAUAUGACACAGCCCGACGCCAAGCCCUGGAAGGCACCGCACAUUGAUAUUGGCGAGAUUAUUUAG